AUUAAUUCGAAAUGGAUCAAUUUGCAAAAAAUCUUUGCAUGCCUAUACUUCUCCUUCUAAUUGUGAUAGCUAUGGCAAAUGCAACUUCAUUAAGCUAUGCAAAAUGUACUAUUAAAAAGUACAAGAUGUGCUACAAUGUGGAGCGUGCUUGCCCCAGUUUGUGCCCUAAUAGUUGCAUUGUUGAUUGUGCUUCUUGCGAAUCUAUAUGCAUGCAGGAGGAGGAUGGUUAUUCAUCGAUCCUCGCUCUUGGUCGUCGUUCCUUGUUAGAUUCUAGCGAUGGCGAUGAUUCAUCACAUGGCAAUGGUGACAAUAAUGGCAACACGGGAAACAAUGGCAAUAAUAACGGUAAUGGCAACAUUGGCGACAAUAAUGGUAAUAAUAAUGGCAACAACAAUAACAAUGGCGACAAUGAUGGAAAUAAUGGCGAAAACAAUGGUAACGGUGGCGGAAAUGGCGGAAAUGGCAGCAACAAUGGUAAUAAUGGCGACAACAAUGGUAACAAUGGCGACAACAAUGGCGAUAACGGUAAAAAUAAUGGAGAUGAUAAAGGCAAGGGCGACAACAAUGGUGGUGGAAAGGGCGACGAUAAGGGUGGAAAGGGUGACGACAAUGACAACAACGGUAAAAAUAAAGGGGACGAUAAGGGUAAGGGCGACAACGAUGGUGGAAAGGGCGACGAUAAAGGUGGAAAGGGUGACGACAAUGACAGCAAUGGCAAAAAUAAUGGAGACGGUAAAGGUAAAGGUGACGACAACGGAAAGGGCAAUGGAAACAAUGAUGAUGGACAUGGAAAGGGCAGUGGCGACAAAUCACCACCAACCCCUUCGGGUCCUCCAAGUCCAACUUAUUCACCACCUCCACCUUCACCUUCACCUCCUACUCCUACACCCUCUCCCUCACCACCACCACCACCAACUCCUACACCAUCUUCACCACCGCCACCAACACCUUCUACUCCUACACCUACUCCAUCAACUCCUUCAACCUCACCAAAGACAGCCACAUGCAAAAAUAGUUACUAUCCUCAUUGUUACAAUACCAAACAUGUUUGCCCAAGUUCUUGUCCCGGUGGAUGUGAAGUUGACUGUGUUACUUGCAAGCCUGUUUGCAAAUGUGACAGACCGGGGGCAGUUUGUCAAGACCCGCGAUUCAUCGGCGGAGAUGGCCUUACCUUUUACUUCCACGGCAAGAAAGACCGCGAUUUUUGCCUUGUUUCCGACUCCAACCUUCACAUCAAUGCCCAUUUCAUCGGAAAGAGGAACAAGAAGAUGGCAAGAGACUUCACUUGGGUCCAAUCCAUAGCAAUCCUCUUUGACAAUCACCAAAUAUUCCUCGGUGCACUUAAAACCUCGACAUGGGAUGACUCCGUGGACCGCCUUUCCCUUUCCUUCGAUGGUGAACCUCUAGCUCUCCUCGAAAACGAGGGUAGCACAUGGCGAUCAUCGAAUGCACCAGGCCUAUCAGUCACUAGAUCAUCUAACACUAACAAUGUCAUAAUUGAAGUCGAAGGAAAUUUCAAGAUUACGGCCAAGGUCGUCCCUAUAACGGAACAAGAUUCAAGAGUUCACAACUAUGGAAUUACAAAAGAUGAUUGUUUUGCUCAUCUUGAUCUUGGAUUCAAAUUUUAUUCUUUAAGUGAUCAAGUGAAUGGCGUGUUGGGUCAAACCUAUGGACCGAAUUAUGUUAGCCGAGUGAAAAUUGGUGCUAAAAUGCCUGUAAUGGGAGGGAACAAAGAGUUUCAGACCUCGAGCCUCGUUGCACCGGAUUGCUCCGUUGCUCGAUUCGCCGGAGUUAAUGGCAAUGCCGACGAAUUUAUGCAAGGUCUCGAGUUACCAAGUCUAAGCUGUGCAAGCGGGAUUGAUGGACAUGGAGUAGUAUGCAAGAGAUGAGCAUUUAAAUGAUGCAUACAAAAAUUAAUUGAAUCAUUUACAUUAUUCGCUUUUAAAAAUAAUAAAGUGUAAGAUACAUGAGAAUGAGAUUGUUAUGACCAUUAGAGGAGGGAAAAAAUACCACUCUCUUGGUUCAUCAAAUUAAAUCAUUUUGCAUUUUCUUUAUGACUUUGUAUAAUCGAACUUUAAAAUAAGAAUUCCGAUUAUAAUGUAAUAAAUAAGAAGGGUUGUUUAACUUUUAAAA